CGGGUCACACUCCCAUCGCGACACUGAGCAUUGACCACUCCAAUUUUCCCCCUCUUUACAAUUUUUCUCUCUCUACUCUCCCCUUCUCUCUCUUUCUCUCUCUCCUUUCCACCACUCCACCGCCGUUCUCCGCCGCGUAAAAGUUCCUCUUCCGUAGCUGUUUUACCGGUAAAAAUCUGAUCGAAGUGUUGUUGAAUUUAACCUAAAGUAAACGGAGCAAAAGAAAAAAGAUGAGUAUAGUACCGAAAGAGACAAUAGAAGUGAUAUCACAAAGCAUAGGUGUAAACAAUUUAUCACCUGAUGUUUUGCCUGCUCUCGCCGCUGAUGUAGAAUACCGUAUUCGAGAAAUCAUGCAGGAAGCUAUUAAAUGUAUGCGUCAUUCGAAGAGAACUACAUUAUCUACUGAUGAUGUGGAUGCUGCACUCAGCUUGAGAGGUGUUGAGCCAAUAUAUGGUUUUGCUUCUGGAGAUCCGUUAAGGUUCAAGAGAGCAGCUGGACAUAAGGAUUUGUUCUACAUUGAAGAGAAGGAUGUAGAAUUCAAAGAUGUAAUUGAAGCUCCUUUGCCUAAAGCGCCAUUAGACACUGCUGUUGUUGCCCAUUGGUUAGCUGUAGAAGGAGUACAGCCUGCUAUUCCUGAAAACCCUCCACCUGAAGCUUUAGCUAUGCCGUCUGAUAAUAGAAAGACCGAGUAUAAGGAGGAUGGAGUUCCUGUUGAUAUUAAAGUACCUGUUAAGCAUGUCCUAUCCCGUGAGCUGCAGCUCUAUUAUGACAAAAUUACAGAGCUUACUGUGAAUAGAUCUAAUCCCCUUCUCUUUAAAGAAGCUCUACGAAGCUUAGCAACUGACUCAGGGAUUCAUCCUUUAGUUCCUUACUUUACAUAUUUUGUUUCUGAUGAGGUUGCUCGGAAUUUGAACAAUUUUCCUCUCCUUUUCGCUUUGAUGCGGCUAGUCUGGAGCCUUCUCCAGAAUACACAAAUACAUAUUGAACCAUAUCUGCACCAGUUGAUGCCUUCUAUAGUGACAUGCAUUGUUGCAAAAAGGUUGGGAAACCGAUUGUCUGACAAUCAUUGGGAACUUAGAGACUUCUCAGCAAAGUUGGUUGCUUUAAUAUGCAAGAGAUAUGGUCGAGUAUACCACAAUCUCCAGCCACGUGUCACCAGGACUUUGCUGCAUGCUUUUCUGGAUCCAACUAAGGCACUGCCGCAACAUUAUGGAGCAAUUCAAGGGCUAGCAGCUCUUGGACCUGGGGUGGUUCGCCUACUUGUGCUGCCAAAUCUUGAGAUUUAUUUGCAAUUGCUAGAGCCUGAAAUGCAGCUCGAGAAGCAAAAAAAUGAAAUGAAGAGGCUUGAAGCUUGGCGUGUAUAUGGAGCGUUGAUGAGUGCUGCUGGUUUAUGCAUCUAUGAGCGCUUCAAGUUUCUGCCUGUUUCACUAUCUCCAUCUACUCGCACAUUCCUAAAGAGUAAAUGGAAAGUCUCAACUACAUUGUCGAGCAAACGCAAAGCAAGCUUGGAUAACAUGAUGACACAGCCUCCAGCCAAGAGAUUAAUGACAGAUGGUCCAACACGUUCAAUGUCGGCAAAUUCUCUGCCAGUAGGCACACAAGGACCAGCUGUUGGACACGAAACUGGUGUAUCAUCAGCACCCCAUGGCUUGCAGCACAAUGAGAAUAUGCUGAGAGCCAGUGGUAGAAGGGAGAUGGCUGGUGGGCAAGGUAAAACGUCUGUUGCUCUUGAUCAGGCCUGGAAGGAAGAUCUGGAUGCUGCGCGUUUGUUGCCAUCUCUGUUUGAGUGUUUCGGUGAAAGGAUGUUUUCCUUUACCCCUUCACCUGAAUUGUCUUUCUUUCUAUGAUCCUUUGGAAUGGGACAGUGGGGGUGAAUAUCCACUGCAUUUGUUCACCUUUUUGGGUAGGACAUAACUAUUGUGUUUGAUGUAAUAUAUGUUGCAUCUUCUCCUUGGGAUGCAUGAAGUGUGAUGUCGAAAUAGCUUCGGCUGGGCUGUAAAUGUGAAAUCUGCCAGUACAAUGCUGUCUUACAUUCAUGAGACUCUUUUAGACCA